UUACCCCGUCGGCCCCACAUUUGCGAUAUGCGUCCUUGCCAUCCCCAAUCCCCCGUGGCCGUCUCCCUCGCCCCUUGCCGACCUCCUCAUCCCCAUCAACCAAUCUCUUCCCGGCUUCGAGCUCUUCACCUCGAUUCUUGUGCGGCUUCGCGCUCUGGAUGGUUCGCGCUGGCGAUUUGGUUGCUGGGAUCUAUGUCUAGCUCUGCCUCUGAUGUGAGUCGCGCUGCCUCUCAUCGGGUUGCGUCCGGCGUGGGUGGUCCUUGGAAUGUUGGCGCCGCGGGAUUCGCUGGGAUUGGUUCUUCCGCAGGUUUGUUGCGGAGCUAGGCUCGGGUGCCCUUGUAAGGUAGGAGAUGCAGGCCGAGGUCGGCGUAAAAGAUUGUUUCUUAGAAUUCUUUCGGAUGAGAUUCGGGCGAGGAGAUGGAGGUGUGGCGCGUCCAUGCCCCCGGUCGGAAACAAUAGGCCUAGCUUGAACGCUGAUUUCUUGAGCUCCGCCAAGGGAAGCGUCAAGGCUCAGAAGAUAUUGGUCUCAGGGCAGCUAGCGGACGAGUUGGUAGGCGAGGAAUCGGCGUCUCGGACGGUGCAAUUGGCGUCUAGAUUCACUAGCUACCAAGAAGAUCCUUUGGUUGAUAAGCUGAGGACGCAGCUGGGGGUGAUUCAUCCCAUACCUUCUCCGCCGAUUAAUAGGAACAUCAUCGGCUUCUUCGUGUUCUUUUUCUUCAUCGGGGUCGCCUUCGACAAGGUUUGGACAUCGAGGAAGAAGAACAAGUCGCAACGUGAUGUUAAGAAUGGCACAUGGCCUCAGGUGCCGACUAGCUUCUCUAUUUUCUUUGAGAAGGACCUUCAGAGGAAAGAGUCUGUCGAAUGGGUGAACAUGGUUUUAGGAAAGUUAUGGAAAGUUUAUAGGUCUGGCAUUGAGAAUUGGAUUAUUGGGUUGUUACAGCCAGUAAUAGAUAAUCUUAAGAAGCCUAGUUAUGUGCAAAGAGUUGAAAUUAAGCAGUUCUCACUUGGUGAUGAACCACUAUCUGUCAGGAAUGUUGAGAGGAGAACAUCCCGUCGUGUUAAUGACUUGCAGUAUCAGAUUGGACUUCGUUAUACAGGUGGUGCUAGGAUGUUGUUGUUGCUGUCCUUGAAGUUUGGGAUCAUUCCCAUUGUCGUACCUGUUGGCAUUCGUGAUUUUGAUAUUGAUGGAGAGCUUUGGGUUAAGUUACGGUUGAUACCAACUGAACCUUGGAUAGGAGCUGUAUCAUGGGCUUUUGUUUCCCUUCCCAAGAUUAAGUUUGAGCUCUCCCCAUUCCGUUUGUUCAAUCUUAUGGCGAUUCCUGUUCUCUCUCUGUUCCUGACAAAGCUUCUUACUGAAGAUCUGCCUCGCCUUUUUGUGCGCCCUAAAAAGAUUGUUCUCGACUUCCAGAAGGGGAAAGCACUUGGUCCUGUUCCAGUCAAUGUUAAAACAGAAGAAAUUCAGGAAGGAAAUAAAGAUUCUGUAGGGGAGCUGUCAGUGACCUUAGUCGAUGCUCGUAAACUUGCUUAUGCUAUAUUUGGGAAGACAGAUCCAUAUGUUGUUUUAAGUCUCGGUGAUCAAGUAAUUCAAAGUAAGAAAAAUAGCCAGACAACAGUAAUUGGGCCUCCCGGUGAGCCAAUUUGGAAUCAGGAUUUUCAUCUUCUUGUUGCAAAUCCUAGAAAGCAAAAAUUGUAUAUCCAAGUAAAGGACUCUUUUGGUUUCACAGAUAUCACUAUUGGCACAGGGGAGAUUGAGCUUAGUUCGCUACAAGAUACAGUACCAACGGACAAAAUUGUAGCUUUGCGAGGUGGUUGGAAUUUGCUCAGGAAGCAAUUAUCCGGGGAAUUGUUGCUCCGUCUCACGUAUAAAGCUUAUGUUGAGGAUGAAGAAGAUGCGAUAGAAAAGGAGCUUGUGGAUACUGAUGCAUCAGAUGAUGAGAGCUCAGAGUAUGAACAGGCAGAUGAAUUAUAUGAACAGAGUUUUAGUGGUUAUCCUAGUGGAGGAGAAACAGAGUCCUUUAUGGAUGUCCUAGCAGCCUUGCUCGUCAGCGAGGAAUUUCGAGGUAUAGUGUCUUCAGAAACAGCAACUUCCAAAGUUUCUGGGCAGUCUGCUUAUCCAGAAUCUCCGGUAUCAAGAACACGUGGUCGUGCUGCGGAGAUUUCAGCUCUUGACGCUGAUAGUGCUUCAGGUGGCUUCAAAGAGUCAACACUAGUAUGGCUAGCUGCGGUAACGAGUAUUGCAGUGCUGAUUGCUAUUAAUGUGGGGGGUUCAAAUUUUUUCAAUCCUUAGCAUCAUUGAGGUACCUGUGGCAAGCUUCAAUAUACAUCUCCAUUGGAAGACGGAGUGAAAACUGAACUAUACACAUUUUGAUUGAUUUUUUUUUUUCCUUUUUAUAAUGUAAAUUCUUACUAGAGAAGUGCUUCCACGGCCAUUUACCUUAAAAUUCUUUUGCUCUUGAUGCUGAUGAUGCUCUCUUAUUGUGUGCACCUACACUUUCACCCCAUUAUACUUGUAUAUUGACAAUCUUCUAACUGGCAAAAUUCAAGAGCUUGACUAGAUUGUUCUUUA